UGUUCACCCAAGUCCCCUGCACGAUAUGUCGGCCUGGGAACCUAUCGACACAUUUUGCGUCCUCUUCUACCUCUUCGACUGUUUCGGCGCGCAUCCUAUACUACAAGCCGUGCAGCUCCAGCAAGUGCGAGAGGAGUACAACCUCGAAAGUUCGUGCAACGGCGAUAUCUUCAAGAGCCUCUACUGCCUGUGCUGCUCGCUCAUGCAGGCUGAGAAAGAAGUGCAGAGACGGAGUGGCACAGGAUUUGGGCGAAUGGUGUAAUCAAGGAGGGGUUGAUGGGAAGGGAGCUGUAGGGGAGCUGUAUAUGGCGGAGAAGAUGGUAAUGCCGGAAGCUCCACAGUAGGCAGCGGAUCAGUGAGGCAAGUCUUGCGCGCCUCGCUGAGACUCUUUGCAGUGGUGGUUGCGCUGACAACCUUUAGAAGGACGUUAUCGCACGUUUGGAAGUGUUGCGAC